CGAAACCACACCAGAGUCUCAAACUUCAAUUCAAUUCUAUUAACAGAUCAUGUCUAUCGUCGCCGUUCUCCUCCUCAUCGUGCUGUCGUCGCCGCUGAGCUCCUCCGGAGCCUCGACGGCGUACGAGGCGCUGGCGGGAUACCACUUUCCGGAGGGUAUUCUCCCAAAAGGAGUGACGGGCUACGAACUGGACGAAUCAAACGGCAAAUUUCGUGCGUAUCUGAACGGUUCCUGCAGUUUCUCGUUGGAGGGUUCGUACAAGUUGAGUUACAAAUCAACCAUCAGCGGCCACAUAUCAGAGAACAGGCUCACCGAUCUCAGUGGUGUGAGCGUCAAGGUGCUCUUCUUUUGGGUCAACAUUCUCGAGGUUGUUCGGAACGGCGACGAACUCGAUUUUUCCGUCGGCGUCGCCUCCGCCUCUUUUCCCUUAGAUAAUUUCUUCGUCUCCCCACAGUGCGGUUGCGGUUUGGAUUGCGAUGAUUUCCGAAUAAGGAAACUCAAAUUAGAAAACCCCUCCCUUUCCUCCUCAACCUAGAAAAUUAGAUUUUUUGUUUUUAUAUAUGAAAGAAAACUGUUUUCUCAUGCCAAUUAUUGUGAUUCAUGGUCGUGGAUCUUGAUUAAUAAUUAGAUUUUACAUUCCUGGUGAUUGUUACUGUUAUAUGCGCAUUUAUUGUUUAAUUUUAUAUUUAUUUUUUUCCUUUUUCUGUUAAUCGUUGUAUGCAAACCGCGAAGUACAAUCUAGUUUAGGGUAAAUUGUGAUUUGUCCCCCUUUAUUUUGUAUGAUAGAAAACGCUUUUGUGAUAUGUUUUGUUUAGAGGUAUUAAUGUUUUGCAGUCCUCUUUCUUUUUCUCUUUCUCUCAAUUUGGUUCAAAUUGUUGUACAAAUGGUUUGAGUUUAGCAAGUGAAGCAAUGGCCAAUUGGACGCUUGUUACGGUGAUUGAACAAUAUUACCUUUACAGAGUAUUAUUAAUUUUCGCUCAUCAUAUCAUAUGUUUAAUUGUUUGGACAUUGUGCAAUCCUAGGAAGCAGACCUUAAAAGGAAGGGGUCUUUUUAUAAAUUCGUCUACCUUGUGUUCAUCCUCGAAGUCAUUUGGUUUUUGUGAUAUGCCAUUUGUGAGCUGAAACGUUUUGUCAUGGAUAGCUGGAAUAUCGAUGCUAUUAUCACCAACUAUUAUUGGAAGUGGGAUUAACUAAUACUUUGUGACCAUGAGGGCUUAGUGGUAAUGCCCUCAUUGAUUUCCCGGCUCCCUUUAUUAGGGAUAAGUUAGUAUUUGAACUACUUAAAAGGAUAAGUUAGGACUGGAAUUGUGUGAACAAUUUGUGUUUCUAUCCUUUUAUCGGUUAGUUAUUUAAAUUAAAUGUGCUGAUCAACUUGCGUGUAUGAUAAAAUCAACUUUCAUUUCAUAAAAUUUCCAAUACCUUUCUCUUCUGAGUUCCAAUCCGUUUGUGUACUAAUAGAUGAGAAAUCUGUGAGUGGAAUUAUGAAAGGACAUGCAUUAUCAUAGCAAAUAUCAGUAUAUCACAGCAAUUCUGUGUCGUCAUCGAUGCCAGCGCCAAACCAGGGACACAAGAAACUCAGAUGGUCAAAGAUUGUCCAACGAGAGAUGAUGGCUGCCGGGGUAUGCACUGGUGGUGUGCUAUGGAGAUCCGAGGCUAGAUCAUGAAUAGAGUACUGACUCCUUGGAAAAAAUAGCCGCAACAAUGAAACAUGAAAGAUGGGGUGAACGCGAGAGCCUUCUAGUAACCGAAGACGGUAUGCUACACUACCAAUGUGCUCCGAAACCUCAAACGGGCCAUAAAAAUGCAGACUAAGUUUGUGGCAUGACCUCCUGUGGACAGAUAGUUGACGAAAAGGUUGAAGUCUCAGUAGCACGAGAUCCCCCUCUUGAAAGGUGAUAUCUUUUCUUUUUCAACAUGCUUGAAUUUUCAUCAAAGCUUGUGCCUUGCGUAAACUUUGUUUCAAUCAUGGAGCGUUACUGAAGGACCAAAUCCAAUGCCUCAAUCGGAGUGGAUCCCAAAGUGUAUUCCAGAAGACAUGGUGGUGAGUGGCCUGAAAGGGUAAAGUACCCGAGGAUCGAUUAUGAGCGGUAUUGUAAUGGAACUCAGCCCAGCUCAAAAACUGGUGCCAAGUUGACGGGUUCUCGUAGACAAAACACCUCAGGUAAACUUGGCACCCAGACGCAACAGGGUUCAUCGAACUCCAGCGUGAUCGCCAACUUUUGAAGAGUGAAAUUCAUGAAGCAGGAUAGGCACUAAGGACGACGUAGCAGGGAGGCACAAGCGAUUCCGGUGAAACAACAAGCCAUUGCGCAACUGCUAAUGUGGCCAUUUUGAAGGAUCAAAUUAUAAACCCUGUAAAAUUUGAGUAGCGUGAGUGUCAUGUUGUAACUAUAUAAUUGGACUGUACUCUGAACAUGAACGCUGAUCACCAUUAACUCAGGGGAAAAACUCAUGGAGCUCCCUUCGGUUGAUGUGAUAACGUGUCGGCCAUAACAUUACAUUU